AUGGAUGAGGGUGCUGGCCGCGGCCCACCCGCCCGGGCUGGCCUGAGCCGCCCCGGUCGGCCCACCGGGCUAUCCACCAGCCACCAAGACAUGCAGCGGACAUCGGGCCCAGGUCGCAGCUCAAUCAGUGGCAAUCCAUACGUGGUGGACCUCGAUCGCCUCAACUCGCGAGUCUUUGGUGUAAACCAGGACCAACCCCUCAACAGCCCCGGCACCCCCAAGCCGGGUCAUGUUUCCAUCACUCGUGCCAACGAUCCCAAGGGAGAUGAGCUCAAGCGCGAGCGCCGCGACCGCUUCUUUCAAGGCCGCUCCCUUGAACGAGGCCAGCUGGUUCAAGAGACGCCAAACAAUAACAACCAGUCCUCAGCUCCAAGAUCGUCCCAUUCUUCUCAUCCCGCUGGAUCCAGCUCUGCUCUUGCAUCGGGCAAAAAGGACAUAGAUCCUCGCGACGGUGAUCUCUACCUAGAUCCUUUGGAUCCAGAUGUUGUCAAGCUACACCGCGCUGAUCGUCAGGAAAGCGUUUUCAACGAAACCCGUCGCGUCAAACCUCUCACACUAACUUUCAAGGACAUUCGCUUUGACGUGGUUACCAAGAAACACAAGGGCCCUGACGAGUCACGCCAGAUCAUCAAGGGACUCUCUGGUCAAGUAGAGCCGGCCAGUCUCCUCAGCAUUAUUGGCUCCUCCGGGGCCGGUGGUCGAUCGCUGGUGGGCCCCACGAGUGGACUGCCAACCAAGACUCUGGACUCGUGGUUUGACGAGAUUCUGGCAGGCCGUUUGGAUGCUCGUGGCAAGGGCGACACAUCAGGCGAGGUGCUUGUCAAUGGGCAUAAACGCGAUGUCAGCGAGUUUCGUCGGAUUUCAGCCUAUGUCUUGCAGGAGGACGUUUUCUUCGCUGAGCUCACAGUCCGCGAGACCAUCAUGCUCUCGGCCAAUCUGCGAUUGCCAGGCAAGAUGAGUCGUGAAGACAAGAAAGAACGUGUGGACAUGGUCAUUCGCGAACUGGGUUUGAAAAAAGCCGAAAACACCAUCAUUGGCAGCGAGACCCGACGUGGCGUCUCCGGCGGAGAAAAGAAGCGUGUCAACAUUGGAACUGAGUUGGUGACCAACCCGACCCUCGUGUUUUGUGAUGAGCCGACGACAGGCCUUGAUUCCUUCAACGCACAGAACGUCAUGGACAGUCUUCUGACCUUGGCCAAAGCCGGUCGCACUGUCAUUGCUACCAUUCACCAGCCCCGCUCUGAAAUCUACAACAUGCUUGAUCAGCUCAUGCUUUUAAGCGAGGGCAACAUGUUGUACAUGGGUUCGGCCAAAGAGGCCGUACCCUACUUUGAUCGGCUUGGAUAUCCGUCACCCAAGAGCUAUAAUCCGGCCGAUUGGUUCCUAGACUUGAUCUCGUUGGAUGCGCGCAGCGCAGAGCUGGAAAGUCGCACAUCUAAGCGCAUUGCGUAUUUGGCCGAUGCCUUUCGCAAACACCAGCGAUCAUUGCCACACAAUCAACAAUCUUCGGGGCAACACGACGCAAGUGUGGGACUGGCGCAGCAUCAUCCAGCAUCAGCCUCAGACGCGGAGCUGGGCGUCUCGAGCAAGCCCACCCGUAGCGGCUAUGCCGUCAGCUGGUGUACGCAGUUUGGGUUGCUGCUUCGUCGCGCAGCAAGAAUCGCAAUGCGCGAAAAUCAAGUUAACAUGGCCAAGAUGGUCCAGACUAUCUUCUUUGCCAUCUUGCUUGGCAUUAUCUGGUUCAUGGAGGGUGGCGGCGAUGGCGGACGCUCCGUGCAGACUGUGGCCGGUGCCCUGUUCUUUGCGCUGAUCAACCAGAGCUUCGGUGGUACCUUUGGCAUUAUUUAUGUUUUUCCGCUGGAGAAGGCAAUCAUUCAGAAGGAACGAGCAUCGCGCUCGUAUCAAGUGGGCGCGUACUUUGGGUCCAAAGUCAUUGUGGAGAUACCACGCAUUCUGCUCCCGCUCUUGCUCUUUUCCGUUGUGGUCUACUUUAUGAUUGAUUUUCGACCAGACGCGGGUGCCUUCUUUGGCUUUUUGUUUGUGCUCUUCUUGGCCACGGAAGCAGCCUCGGGCAUUGCCUAUAUCGUCUCGGCCCUGUCAUCCACCGCCCAGGAAGCCGGCUCGAUCGCACCCAUUUUCAUGGUGACCAGCAUCCUCUUUGGCGGCUUUUUCAUCAACUUUGAACAAGUUCCAAACUGGAUCUCGUGGUUGCGGUACCUCUCCUACAUCAAGUACAGCUUUGCAGCACUGCUGCAACUAGAAUACGAGGAUCGCUCUCUCGACACGUCCUCGUGCUCGGGCAGCGCCGCCGAGGCAGGCCAGCUAUGUUUUUCAGAGGGCUCCCAGGUUCUUGAAUUUUAUGACGUUGCAGAUAUUGAUUUUGGCUACAAUAUUCUGAUCCUUAUUGCCAUGACCGUCGGCUUUCACUUCAUCGCAUAUCUCAUCUUGCUCUAUCGAGGGCCAAAGUUUGACACAAGUGUCUAA